CUUUGGCGAACAAACGUCAGACAGCAACAAUUACAACGAUCAACACCUGUUGUAAACUGACACGCCAUUCUCUGCCCUUCCGUUGCGUUGGAGAGCUUUGUUGUCUUAUUGGUAUCACACAAGAAGCGAGGCUGACACAUUGCGCUGCGAGCAGGUUUCGAAACGAAACACGACAACUAAACUCCCUUUGUAUUCCUACCAUCACACCACCACCACCCACGAGCGCACACCGAAUAACAUAACCGAACACCUUCUACACAAGCCGCAAUCAUGGGCGGCCAGUUCUCAAAGAUGAUGGGCAAGAUCUUCGGAUCAAAGGAGAUGCGCCUGCUCAUGCUCGGUCUCGACGCUGCCGGAAAGACAACCAUCCUCUACAAGCUCAAGCUGGGUCAGGACGUCACCACGAUUCCCACGGUCGGCUUCAACGUCGAGACGGUUACGUACAAGAAUGUCAAGUUUAACGUUUGGGACGUCGGUGGCCAGGACAAGAUUCGUCCUCUGUGGAGGCAUUACUUCAGCGGUACUCAGGGUCUUAUCUUCGUUAUCGACUCUUCUGAUAGGAACCGAAUGGAGGAGGCUAGACAAGAACUUCACCGAAUCAUCAACGAUCGUGAGAUGAAGGACAGUCUACUACUCGUGUUUGCCAACAAGCAAGAUUUGGCAGAGGCUAUGAAACCCCAAGAAGUCACCGAGGCCCUUCAGCUCUCCAAGCUCAAGGACAAGGUUUGGUACGUGGUGCCCAGCUGCGCCACCACAGGCGAGGGUCUCCUCGAGGGUCUGGCGUGGUUGUCCAACAAUGUCAAGGCCCCUCCGACUCCGGCUAAGAAGUAGACGAGGAGCGAGUCAUGCGACGUUUCUCGUCUUCACCCUGAGGGCUUUCCAACUAUCACACUAUCCCGAAACGAUCCCGAAUUCUUUUCUCCUCCCGAACCUACGUUUCGAUAUCAAGAGGCUACAAGCUUUAUCACGCUUGAGGCAAAGGAGGAUAUCCCGCCUACACCACAUCUCAGGAUCAUAACAGC